AUGGUAGAGAGUGAAGAAGUUGAAUUGGAAUUAAAAGAUGCAAAAUAUAGGCUUGAUAUUGACCAUUAUGACUUAGAAAACCACACAAAGUGUGGUAGUCGUGGCAGUGAAAGUAAUGGUGUUGGUGGUGAUGAUAAAGGCAUCAAAGCUCGUGUUAGUGGUGAUGAUGUUGGUAGUGGUGGUGAUGAAAAUGGUGGUGGUGGUGGCGACAACAAUGAUAGUAUUGGUGGUGGCAAAAGUGGUGGUGAUGCCAGUAGUGGUGGACGUCAAAGAGGUAAUGAUGGCCAUGGUGGUAGAGGAGGUGGUAGUGGUAACAUUAGAGGUAUCUCAUGUGAUAGUGGUGUUGGUGUUGGUGGCUAUAGACGAUGUCCAAAAACUGGGUGCUACACUGCAUUCUCAGAAUCUACAGGGAAUGGGUGGAGGAAUGUGGGUUGUGAUGGCUCAUCAUGGAGGAAAGGAGGACCAUUGUUGGUGGACAGUAGUUAUGUUCAUGAUACAGGUUAUGAGUGUAGGAUAAUAAGUAUUCUUUCGAGGUUGGGUGUAGGUGGGGCACUUGACAAUUAA